UCCCUCGCUCCCUCGUCAUUGUAUAUAUCAACCUAUCUCCGAACCCUUAAUUAACUCUCUUCUCAACUUUUCCCUCUCCUUCCAUGGCGUUGCUCCUCAUUUCCCUCUCAAUUCUCGCCCUUUUCCUCUGCUACCAGCUCUAUCACCGCCUGCGCUUCAGGCUGCCUCCGGGCCCCCGCCCCUGGCCCGUCGUCGGCAACCUCUACGACAUCAAGCCCGUCAGGUUCCGCUGCUUCGCCGAGUGGGCUCAGUCCUAUGGUCCCAUCAUUUCGGUCUGGUUCGGCUCUACCCUCAACGUCAUCGUCUCCAGCUCGGAGCUGGCCAGGGAGGUGCUCAAGGAGAACGACCAGCAAUUGGCAGACCGGCACAGGAGCCGAUCGGCGGCCAAGUUUAGCAGGGACGGCAAGGAUCUCAUCUGGGCCGAUUAUGGGCCUCACUACGUGAAGGUGAGGAAGGUCUGCACGCUCGAGCUUUUCUCUCCCAAGCGCCUGGAAGCCUUGAGACCCAUUCGAGAAGACGAGGUCACCGCCAUGGUCGAGUCCAUCUUCAAGGACUCCACAAAUCCUGAAAAUGAGGGGAAAAAUGUGAUGGUGAAAAAAUACCUGGGAGCAGUGGCAUUCAACAACAUAACAAGGCUGGCAUUCGGCAAGAGAUUUGUGAACUCGGAGGGGGUGAUGGACGAGCAGGGCGUGGAAUUCAAGGCCAUCGUGGCCAAUGGCUUGAAGCUCGGCGCAUCUCUUGCCAUGGCCGAGCACAUCCCCUGGCUCCGAUGGAUGUUCCCUCUCGAAGAGGAGGCUUUUGCCAAGCACGGCUCUCGCAGGGAUAGGCUCACCAGAGCCAUCAUGGAAGAGCACACCCAGGCUCGUCGGCUCUCCGGCGGCGCCAAGCAACACUUCGUUGACGCCCUCCUCACUCUGCAGGAUAAAUAUGACCUCAGCGAAGACACUAUCAUUGGUCUUCUCUGGGACAUGAUCACCGCGGGCAUGGACACGACUGCAAUAUCAGCGGAGUGGGCCAUGGCCGAGCUGAUUAAAAACCCCAGGGUGCAGCAGAAGGCCCAAGAGGAGUUGGACCGGGCUGUCGGGUUCGAACGGGUCAUAACUGAGUCCGACUUCUCCAGCCUUCCUUACCUGCAGUGUGUGGCCAAGGAGGCCCUGCGGCUGCACCCUCCAACUCCGCUCAUGCUCCCGCACAGGGCCAACGCCAACGUCAAGAUUGGUGGCUACGACAUUCCCAAGGGGUCCAACGUCCAUGUCAACGUGUGGGCCAUAGCACGUGACCCGGCUGUCUGGAAGGACCCGCUGGAGUUCCGACCCGAGAGGUUCCUUGAGGAGGAUGUGGACAUGAAGGGCCAUGACUUUAGGCUGUUGCCGUUCGGAGCGGGUCGUCGGGUAUGCCCGGGCGCACAGCUGGGAAUCAACCUGGUGACUUCCAUGUUGGGUCACCUGCUGCACCAUUUCUGUUGGACCCCACCGGAAGGAACAAAGCCGGAGGAGAUUGACAUGUCAGAGAACCCUGGGCUGGUGACCUACAUGAGGACCCCACUUCAGGCCGUGGCCUCCCCUAGGCUCCCCUCUCACUUGUAUAAACGCGUGCCCGCCGAGAUCUAGCUCGUGAACCAGCUGCCCUUGCUGCUUUCCAGCACUAUCAUUAUAAGUCAGUACCAGGAUACAUGGACAUCCUUAAGACUGGUUUCGAUUUGUCUCCUUCUAAGUUUUGCACUCAACUUUCUAUAAAAUCGCUGUUUUGAAAAGUUGUAAAACAUGAAAUGAAACGAUAGAGUUACAUUCCAGUGUUGAGGCAAAGCUGAUCAUUGUUCUGUAGCUUGUUCAGAUGUAAAGAGAAGCGUGUGGCAGCACGAGGUAUUGAUAUCCAAUUUCGGCUGGAUUCUUGUAUGUAAUAAAAUGGUGCAUUGAGAAAUAUUACGGGCGAAGCCAGGACCCAUGACCAAGUAUAUAUUUACAAAUGGGAUAUGGACAAGGGGAACAUUACGAGUGUACUUUGUAAUUUGUAUACAAGUGGACAUGAGAAACAUUAAAGACAAUUUUACUUCUCUUCCCUUUUAAUGAUAAAAGACAGUUUUCAA